GGUCUUGCUAGAGGUUCUUGUAUCCAGUGUUUAUCCUGCCCCGGGGCUCCCUCCACUCCUCCCCCUUUUGGCAAUGGAGCUCCUCCCACCCACGGUCUUAAGGGGGGUUCGAAAUUUCCAAGGGCGCACGCAGCGUGCAAGGAUGCCUCCUCGAGAGGCGGGGUCGUGCUCAGAGCCAAUGAGAACUUGAGGAGGCGUGGAGAGCAGGGAAUCUUCCAGAGGCAGAAGCUGAAGCCCAAGGAAGAUCUAAAGAGGGACCUGCGAGACUUCGGAGAGAGAUAUGCAGUCCAAACGGGAGUGUGAGCAAUGGUGUGAAAGAGUGAAUCCAGAGAACAAAGCGGCCCUGGAGGCGUGGGUAAGGGAGACUGGCAUCCGCUUGGUGCAGGUCAACGGGCAAAGGAAGUAUGGCGGGCCACCCCCAGGUUGGGUGGGCAGCCCACCACCAUCAGGGUCUGAGGUGUUUAUCGGACGACUACCGCAGGAUGUGUACGAGCACCAGUUGAUCCCACUCUUCCAGCGCGUGGGACGUCUCUAUGAGUUCCGCCUAAUGAUGACCUUCAGUGGCUUGAACCGCGGCUUUGCCUAUGCACGCUACAGCUCGCGGCGCGGUGCCCAGGCCGCCAUUGCUACGCUGCACAACCACCAGCUGCGGCCUUCUUGCCAGCUCCUGGUGUGCCGAAGCACGGAGAAGUGCGAGCUGACGGUGGACGGGCUGCCUCUUAGCCUGAACCGCCGUGCGUUACUGCUCGCCCUGCAACCGCUCGGUCCCUGCCUGCAGGAGACACUGCUGCUACCCAGCCCUGGGUCUGCGCCCUCUCAGAUUGCGCUGCUCAAGUUCAGCACGCACCGAGCUGCUGCCAUGGCCAAAAAGGCCCUGGUAGAAGGCCAGUCACGCCUCUGUGGAGAGCAGGUGGCUGUGGAGUGGCUCAAGCCAGACCUGAAGCAACACUUCCGCCAACAGCUAGCCGGUCCCUCACUGCGCUUCCUCCGGCCAGAUGUCAGCCAACUAGGCCAGACCAGGGACAAGCUGGGGUCCCAAGGGGCUCGGGCUGCCCUGCAACUACUGUGUCAACAGAUGAAGCUAGGCAGCCCAGUGUUCCUUACCAAGUGUCUGGGGACAGGGCCUGCUGGCUGGCAUCGCUUUUGGUACCAGGUUGUUAUCCCUGGGCAUCCAGUGCCUUUCAGUGGCCUCAUCUGGGUUGUGCUGGCCUCUGAUUGGCAGGAUGGGCAUGAGGUGGCUAAGGAUGCUGUGUCUGCACAGCUGCUGGAGACACUGAGCACCCUAAACGGGAGAGCAGAACCUGUGCCAGCCCCCAGCCCAGCAGGCCUGGGCAGCAGCAGGGCCUGGUGACAGACAGCUUCCCCUGCUGGGACAGAACCCUGUCACUUCUAAGUUGUGAGGAACCUUGCCCUCCCCCACUGAGUCCCAAGUCCCUGCUUGGCAAGCAUUCACCACACCCGACCAAGUG